CCACCUCCAGCAAUGGCCUUUCCAAAUCUGCAGAAAGUGCUCAUCGGUGACAGCCUGGACCCUUGCUGCCCGAGGAUCUUGCAAGAUGGAGGGCUGCAGGUGGUGGAGAAGCAGAACCUUAGCAAAGAGGAGCUGAUAGCCGAGCUGCAGUUCAUGGGAACAGAGCUGAAUGGAAAGACCCUGGGAAUUCUGGGCCUGGGCAGGAUUGGGAGGAAGGUGGCUACCAGGAUGCAGUACUUUGGGAUGAAGACCAUAGGGUAUGACCCCAUCAUUUCCCCAGAGGUCUCGGCCUCCUUUGGUGUUCAGCAGCUGCCCCUGGAGGAGAUCUGGCCUCUCUGUGAUUUCAUCACUGCGCACACUCCUCUCCUGCCCUCCACCACAGGCUUAUUGAACAAUAGCACCUUUGUCCAGUGCAAGAAGGGGGUACGUGUGGUGAACUGCGCCCGCGGAGGCAUCGUGGACGAUGGCGCCCUGCUCUGGGCCCUGCAGUCGGGCCAGUGUGCUGGGGCUGCGCUGGACGUGUUUACCGAAGAGCCACCACAGGACUGAAACUUGGUGGACCAUGAGAAUAUCAUCAGCUGUCUCCACCUGGGCGCCAGCACCAAGGAGGCACAGAGCUGCCGUGGGGAGGAAAUUGCUGUUCCGUUCGUGGACAUGGUGAAGGGGAAAUCUCUCACAGGGGUUGUAAAUGCCCAGACCAUUACCAGCGCCUUCUCUCCACACACCAAGCCUUGGAUCGGUCUGGCAGAAGCUCUGGGGACACUGAUGCAAGCCUGGGCUGGGUCUCCCAAAGGGAUCAUCCAGGUGAUUACACCAGGAACAUCCCUGAAGAAUGCUGGGAACUGCCUAAGCCCUGUAGUCAUCAUCGGCCUCUUGAAGGAGGCUUCCAAGCAGGCGGAUGUGAACUUGGUGAACGCCAAGCUGCUGGUGAAAGAGGCUGGCCUCAGUGUCACCACCUCCCACAGCCCGGCAGCACCAGGGGAGCAGGGCUUUGGGGAAUGUCUCCUGGCCGUGGCCCUGGCAGGCACCCCUUACCAGGCUGCGGGUUUGGUCCAGGGCACCACACCUGUGCUGCAAGGGCUCAAUGGAGCUGUCUUCAGGCCAGAAGUGCCUCUCUGCAGGGGCCUGCCCCUGCUCCUAUUCUGGACUCAGGCUUCUGACCCUGCAAUGCUGCCUACCAUGAUUGGCCUCCUGGCAGAGGCAGGCAUGCGGCUGCUUUCCUAUCAGACUUUACUGGUGUCAGAUGGGGAGACCUGGCACAUCAUGGGCAUCUCCUCCUUGCUGCCCAGCCUGGAAGCAUGGAAGCAGCAUGUGACUGAGGCCUUCCAGUUUCACUUCUAACCUUGGGGCUCAUGGGUCCCUGCCUCUGGGGCUUUUCUGAAGAAACCUAUCCACUGUGAUCAACAGAGAGAGAAGAUCCACAUUCUUGGCCUGAACACACAGGCCUCUGACACUGCUUAAACAGUGCUCAUCUGGCCCUAUAGUACAGCAAUAACCAUCUAAUAAAAACCCUACCAGCAAAAGAAUAAAAGAUAAACAUAUGCCAUGGUUGACAUUUGCAUCUUCCCAGAACUUAAGUUUGUUGUUUAUGCUGAAACUUAAUCACAGAGGUGAUGUUAUCAGGAGUUGCGGCUUUGUGGAGGUGAUUAGCACGUGGGAACCAAGCCCCCACCAAAGCGAUUAGUGCUCUUAUAUAAUAGACCAAAGAGAGCUCAUUUACCCAUCCUGCCAUGUGAGGACACAGGGGGCAAAAAGGGAUCUAUGAACCCAGAAUUGGUCCCUCACCAGACACCAAAUCUGCAUCACCUGGGUGUUGGACUUCUGUGAGAAAUCUAUUCUGUUGUUUAUAAGCCACCCAGCCUAUAGUGUUUUGUUACAGCAGCCGAACAGACCAUAACAUCAAAGAUGAAACCAAUAAAACAAACACAAUAGGAAAAAAAUCAAUUACAACCAAACACUUUGAGGAGGUCAAAAAAAGUGAUGAAACUCUCUAGCCAGGUGGUCAUAGAAAAGAAGAUGCAAAUGACUAACUUCAGAAACAUAGUCAUACGGCAUUGUAUAGAUUCGACAGACACUCAACGAUUAGCAGUAUAAUAAGGUCAGCUUUAUGUGACUAAAUAUGACAACUCUGAUGAAACGGACACUUUCCUUGAAAAGUAAAAACUAUGACAGUUCAAUCAAGAAGGAAUAACCUGGACUGUUCUAUAUCUAUAAAAGAAAAUAAAGCAUAAGUAAAGCCUUCCUAGAAAGAUAACUCCAGGCCCAGAUAGCUAUGUUCUGGUGAAUUCUACCAAAUAUUUAAUAAGUAAUACAACAAUUUUACAUGGCUUCUCUCCUAGCCCUCAAAAGAAAAAAAAAAUACAACUCAUCCUAUCACUCUAGCAUUACCCUGAACCAAAAUCUGACAGUGAUAUUACAAAAAAGAAAAACUUCCUCAUGAACGUGGACAUAAAAAUUUAACCAAUUUCUGAAGAAACCAAGAUACCCUCCUUUAGGUGACAGAACCACCUCUGGUACAGUCAUGCAAUAAUGAGCUCUCGUGUCAUGGGAAGACAUGAAGGAACCACAAAGGCAUAUUACCAAGUGAAAUAUGCAGUCUAAAGGCUGCACAUUGUAUAAUACCAACUAUAGGACAUUUUAGAGAAGGCAAAACUAUAGACAGUAAAAAAAAAAUCAGUGGUAGCCAGGAGUUGGGGAAGGUGGGAAAAGUUGAACAGAUGAAGCACAAAGGAGUUUCGAAACUCUGAAACUACUUUGGAUAAUACUACAAUGAUAAAUACAUGUCCUUAUACCUUUGUCUAAAUUCACAGCAGUUAAGACACCAAGACUGAACUCUAAUAUAAACUAUGGACUUUGGGUGAUUAUGAUAUGUCAAUUCAGGAUCAUCAAUGAGAUCAACUGUACCACUCUGGUGAGGGAGACUGAUAAUUGUGGAGGCUAUGAACGUGUGUGGGGCAGGUAGUACAGGGAUAAUCUUUGUGCCUUACUUUCAGUUUUGCUGUGAAGCUAAAACUACUCUAAAAGAUGGUCUUCUAAAAAUUUCUAAAUAAAAUUUUGUCAAAUCUAAUACACUAGAAGGAUAAUACAUCAUAAACAAGUGAGGUUGAUCCCAAAACACAAGGUUGGUUUGCCGUCAGUUAUUCACCACAUUAACAAACUAAAAGAGAAGAACCAUCUGACCAUCUCAGUAGACAUAGGCAUUUGGUAAAAUACAACAUUCAUUCCUGAUUUUUUAAAAAAAUUUCCUCUUAGUAACUAAAGAAUACAAGGGAAGGCCAUCAGCAUGAUAAAGAGCAUCUCUGAUAAAUCUACAACUAACAUGCAUCAUGAUGAAAAACUGAACGCUUUCCCUGUAAGAUCAGGAACACAGGAAUGUCUCCUUUCACUGUUUGAACAGCAGUGUACUGAAGCCAGCGCAGUUAGGCAAGAAAAGGAAAUAAAAGCUAUCUGGGUUGAAAGAAGAAGUAAAACUGUCCUUAUUCACAAUCAUGAUCACAUAAUAGGGACAGGUAAAAUCCAACCUGUGGGGAAGCUUAUUAUUUUUACAAAUAAAGUUUUACUGGAAUGCAGCUGUGUUUUUUAAAAUAUAUUUUAUUGCACUUUAGGUUCUGGGGUACAUGUGCAGAACAUGCAGGAUUGUUGCACAGGUACACAUAUGGCAAUGUGGUCUGCUGUCUCCAUCCCCCGUCACCUAUAUCUGGCAUUUCUCCCCAGGUUAUCCCUCCCCAACCUCUCUACCUGCACUGUCCCUCCCCUAUUUGCCCCCAACAGACCCCAGAAUGUGAUGCUCCCCUCCCUGUGUCCAUGUGUUCUCAUUGUUCAACAUCUGCCUAUGAGAACAUGUGGCAUUUGAUUUUCUAUUCUUGCAUCAGUUUGCUGAGAAUGAUGCCUUCCAGAUUCACACACGUCCCUACAAAGGACACAAACUCAUCA